AUGGUCCUUGUGGUGAUCAUCGAUGCCUGCUGCGCUGUCUACGACAUCGACGCCAGAGCCGAUGACAGAUCUACACCCUUAGCCACCCUCAUCCUGGAGGUCCGGUUGAAACGAUGGACCCGUUGCACCUUUUUGGAGGACAUCUCCAAGAUUGGCUUGAGCCGUGCGCUGCGAUUGAUUCGUAUCGUCCGGCUCACGCGCAUCGUGUCGCGCACGCGGCGCUUCCGGGAGCUGCAUAAGCUCAUUCGAAUGAUGGCCACCUGCUUGAAGGUUUUGCUUUGUUUGCAUGACAGCGCCUGGGCGGAACGGACGACACCGGAACAGACACCGGUGCACGCACGGAGUGCCGGGUCUGGUUUGGGCGACGACCUGGUUUGGGCGAUGCUGAUUGUCGAGGUCAUCAACCCCCUUGUCCAGGAGACCCGGUCCGGCCGUGCGGCCGUGCGGUGUCAGUAUGGGUGUCACGAGGAGUUGCAUUCCGCUGGCGAGCUGCAAGACUGCAGUGAUAGUUGGGGAGAGCUUGCCGUUCCGGUGAUCAAGGAGUACCCCUCCACUGCGAUUAUUUUCAUGGGCAGCUUGUUGACCUUAGUCUUCGGGGUCCUAAAUCUCAUCGUGGCAGUGGUUGUAGAUACCUUUGCUGAAGCUCGCCAGAGAGAUGUGAUGAAUUUGGCAGAAGAAUUGGAGAUGGAUUUCAUGAGCGACCGGAGGCGCCUGCAGAAGAUUUUCGAUCGAAUGGACCAGGACGGGAGUGGCAUCGUGACCUUCGAAGAGCUGGUCGAGGGAGCGCGUGCUGAUCAGGAGUUCCAAAGCAGAUUGCGGGUCAUGGACAUCGAUCUUUGGCGGAACUUGCCGGAUGAGUCGGACUUGCAGCAGCUCUUCGACAUGAUCGACAUCACAGGCGAGGGUGAGAUCAAGAGCGAAGAGUUCAUCGCUGCCUUGUCGCGCUGGGUGCACGACUCCAAAACGGCACCCCGCUUCGUCAAGUACAACAUGCAGCGGGCUUUGCAAAUGCAGGAGACGGUCAAACAGUGA